AUGGCUGGGAACGUCUACAGCUUUGGGGUGAUUCUUUUGGAGUUGUUAACUGGAAGACCAGCGGUAAGCGAAGGAAGAGAAUUGGCUAAGUGGGUGCAGAGCCAUUCGAGCCAUCAAGAGCAGAGCAACAACAUUCUUGAUCUCAGAGUGAGCAAAACAUCAAAUGUAACAACAAAGCAGAUGCUCCGUGCCCUCAGUAUUGCUCUUGCUUGCAUAAACAUCUCUCCUGGGGCAAGGCCAAAGAUGAAGACUGUCCUACGGAUGCUCACAAGACUCUAA